AUGAGGCUCUUAGUUCUCCUUUUAAUUUUAUUUGAGACUGCUAAACCUAGUCCUGUCACACGGUGUGAAAAAGAGUAUGACUGCCCCAAAGACUACCAAGAAGUCUUCUCGAGCUCCAUCACUGAGAUCCCUAAAUCCAUCAAAUCAAAAACCACAGAGAUCUUCUUUGUGCAGACGGAAAUAUCAACAAUAAGAAAAGGGGCUUUCAAUUCCAUGAGUCAACUGCAAAAAAUAGCAUUCAUUAACAAUAAGAUUCAAUCAGUUGAAGUUGGUGCAUUUGACAAUUUGCCUAAUCUCAUAGAACUAGAGAUUUCUGGAAAUGCUGAUUUAAAGCAACUGAUGAGUGGAAUAUUUCAAAAUCUUUUGAGUCUGAAAAAGCUCAUAUUGAAAAAUAAUAAAAUUAAUUUGCUUGAACAAGGUAUCUUUGACAGCCUGGACAAUUUAGAAGAACUUUAUUUAAAUGUUAAUGAACUGACAGCAUUGCCUCAAGAUCCAUUCAACAAUCUUGUUAACCUUACAAUGUUACAUCUAGCAAAAAAUAAUCUCAAAACAUUACCUGAUGACAUAUUUACCAAACUGACCAAACUAAAAAUCCUUCGGCUCUAUGAAAAUAAUUUAAGUGAUCUUCCACCAGGCUUGGUGGAUAGUAACCAUGAACUGACUGAAUUCAGUGCCUUCAAGAACAAGAUACAGCAAUGGCCCAAAAACUUUCUGGCCAAAUCAAAAAAACUUGAAAAACUUUCCUUAGAUGGUAAUCAAAUAGAGGAACUUCCAGAUAAUACAUUUUUUGGUCUUAAUAAAAUUAAGCAGUUCAAAAUAAACUCAAAUAAACUCCAGAAGCUUCCACGCCAAAUAACUGAUGGCAUGCUCAUAACAGAACUUGAUCUGAGUCAAAACAACUUAAAAACUCUUCCACAAGAGACAUUUAGUACUUUUAAAUCCCUGAAAAAGUUGACUAUUUCUUACAAUCAAAUAAAUGAUUUAACAAAGGAAAUGUUUAAAGGUCUGGACAAGGUAACAGAGCUUAAUUUACAAAAUAAUAUACUUAGUAGCUUACAAGAUGAUGUGUUCUCUCUCCUUCCGCAGUUAAAGACACUGAAGCUUAAUGCAAACCAAUUCACCAAUUUUCCAGUGCCUUCUAUUGACUCCAUUCCUAAACUGACUGGUGUGUACUUGAAAGGUAAUCCUUGGGCUUGUGAUUGUAAUAUGGUAGAUCUUUAUGACUGGAUAAUGAGCAAUCUAGCACAAGUCAAAGACGCUAACAUGCUAUUUUGUAUGUCACCUUCUCAUUAUAAUGGAAAACUACUAAUUUCUAUGAGGUCAGAUGAAUUAAUAUGCCCAACAACUCUUAUGACAACAAAAAAAUUUACGACAGUCCAAACAACGACGGCAGGAGCCAUUGUCACAACUCACCCAACUACCAAGCAACUGACAACAACUUCCCAGGUUGCUACACAACCUAUCAUAACAACUCACAGCUCAACAACACCUCUCACAACUCUUCCACCAACUACAACUCAAGAAAUUACAACUGAUUUAACCACAACUCUUCCACCAACUACAACUCAAGAAAUUACAACUGAUUUAACCACAACUCUUCCACCAACUACAACUCAAGAAAUUACAACUGAUUUAACCACAACUCUUCCACCAACUACAACUCAAGAAAUUACAACUCAUUUAACCACAACUCUUCCACCAACUACAACUCAAGAAAUUACAACUCAUUUAACUACAACUCUUCCACCAACUACAACUCAAGAAAUUACAACUCAUUUAACUACAGCUACAACAACCGCAAUAACCUCAAUGAAGCCUACAACACCAGCUGUUACAACGCCCCUGGAAACAACACUCCUGCAAACCACAACCAAUGAAGUUAAAACAGUACAAACUACAACAACAAUGGCAACUACAUACAUGACAUCUACAGAGCCUACAACUAUACAAAUCACAACACCACCAGAAACAACUUUUGUUCAGACUACUACUGAAGAGCCUACUACUUUAGAAAUCACAACACCACUAGAAACAACUUUUGUUCAGACUACUACUGAAGAUCCUACUACUUUAGAAAUCACAACACCGCUAGAAACAACUUUUGUUCAGACUACAACUGAAGAGCCUACUACUUUAGAAAUCACAACACCAAAAGAAACAACUCUUCUGCAGACUACAACUGAAGAACCUACAACCGAACAACAGACAAAUGCAGCAACAACUAUUUCAGAAACGACAACGAUAUGA